AUGUCGGAACAUGCAUCUAUUGAUUAUCAACAACUCAGCGAUAGUCUCCAAGCCCUUUUUCAAGCGCAUCCACAGGUCGAUGAUGCUGUUGGAACUGAAGCCUAUGCACUCCUCCAACAGUGCCAACAUGGUCUUGCUCAAUAUGCAACGGAUUUACAGGAGGUAGAAGCGGAGGCCGAGAGGGCGAGGAGAAGGUUUGAGCAAGAUCUUGCUGCUGCCCGAGCUCAACAGGCUCCUGUUGAGGCUGUCGCCCCUGUGCAAGCACCCAACGAAGACAAUGUCCCACCUGCACCCCCAGUACCACCCGUUACAGAUACUACCUAUCGGUCGGAGAAGCUUCCAGACCCUGAGGUAUUCAAGGGGGAUCGUGAUCGAGAAAGGUUACACCUAUUUAAGCAACAAAUGAAGAUUAAGCUAUUGGGAAAUGCCGAUCGCUAUCCUACGCUACAGUCUAAACUAUCCUAUGCAUUCAGCAGAUUGGAAGGCGUUGCCGCUAAUCAGUUUUUACAAUAUGUUGGCGAAGAAGGUAUUGCUUUACCCUCUAUGCUACGAUUUUAUGAGAUUUUGGAUACUGCUUUCGGGGAUCCCGAUCGGAUGCGUACGGCUAGGAGGAAUCUUAGGAACAUCCGUCAACGAAAUCGAACGUUCGCCGAUUAUUUUGCUGAGUUCCAACGAUAUGCUGCUGAGUCAGGUAUUGAUGAAGUCUCUCGGAUUGAGGCUUUGAUGGAAGGUAUUAAUGCGGAACUCGAUGAAUCAAUGAUACACCAUGACACUCCUGCAACGGUAAAUGCUUGUGCGACACUUCUGCAACGGUUGGAUAAUCGUCGCCGAGCGGCAGAAGCUAAGCGAGGAGGUAAAAAACCUUGGACUACUACUACUACUACUUCGGCCCCUCGUCCUCCACCAGCAAGUCCUGUUUCUGCUCCCCGCGCUGCCGCCCCAGUCGCCAAUGCACCUGUUACUGAAAGUCAUCCCUCAUCCCGCCCGGGAGGUGAUGUACCAAUGGAUCUAUCUGGAGGGCGUCGUCGCCCCUCCCCUACCGAAAGAAAUGCCCGCUUAGUUGAGGGCCGAUGUUUUUAUUGUGGAGGUGUUGGACAUAUGGUUAGAGAUUGCCCCCAAGCGAGGGCAACUGGAAAUCAACCAAGGAGGCCUGUGAUGAGAGGAGCGGCGUUGACAGUGGAAGAAAAUGACGGAAGCGAUAACGAGUCAGCAAAAGAUUUGUCCCUGCACUAA